AUUGAAAACAUUGCUCAGAAUAGUUGAUCUCCACUACUCGAGCGUUCAGUCGCUCACAGAAAUGACGACACCCAUUCACGAAACCACAGCUCAGUAGAGCGGCCAACCAAAGCAAUAUAUUUUCCGUUGAAGCUCUUUCCUUUUUGGUUUCAGCUACAGCAAAACCAAUCACCGAUCGAUUAUUGAUCGGUGAUCGAACGUUGCGGGAUUAGGUAAUUCCUGUGUUAGGGCUUUUAAUUUUAUCAUUAGUUCCGCUUUGGUCCUGCUAUGCAUGGGAGAGAGAAAGAGGAAAGUUGGUCCAUUAGUGCUUGACUGGGAGAUACUACUUCCUCACUGCGAAAGCGAGCCUCCGCCGAUUGUGGUGAUUGAGGCGGAGGAAUCAAACCCUCAAGCGGCGGAGGUGAUGGACCAGGAGGAACAGUACGGUGACCCAAGUCUCCAUAGUUUGCCUGAUAAAGAGCUGAGGGACAGGAUUGAUAGGUUCAGAAAUAUGUUGAGUGGUGGUGGUGUAUUGUGCAAGUUGGCCGAUGGUGGUGAGAAACUGCGAGUUAGUCUGAAAAAGGCUGAAGCAGAGUUGGAGAGGAGGAACCGCCGGAAGGUUAACGACAAAUGCAAGAACGUGGCUCCAUUAGCUGACCACUCAAUCUCUAUUGGUACUACUGAUGACGUUGCAUCUCGGGGUGGUCCUCCUGUGUCAAGAUCGGAGUUUGCUUCACAUUUUUGCGGCAAGUUGGAUGCAAAAAGUCCAGCCAAGUCUUUCUCAGGAGAAUUAUCUACUCUUAAUCCUUGUAAUCCGAAAAGGGAAAAUGAGUCAUUGUUCGCUCAGAAGACAGGUUUAUCUUCAAGGGAAAAACCUUUUAAAUCUCCUAAUCAUCUUUCAGUACUGACAAAUGGCUCUUCUCAAUCAAUCCGUAAGCAAUCAGGAGGCUUCUCUUCUUGUUCCCCGCCUUUUCGGUCUAAGAAAGAUUACUCUAACUAUCAUGAGAAGAGGGAAAAUGCUACUCGUUUUCAACCUAUCCGAACCUCCAAAAGGAACAAUCGGGGAACUGUUGUUCUGGUAGAUGAGGAAGAGCUUGAGGUUGAAACAGUAAAUGAAGGGGACCCAUUGGGUCAAAGCAGUCAAGAUAGUACGAUAUACUAUCCAUCGAGGGAUGAUCCUGAAGCUGUCCAAAUUUAUUACUCAGACUUGGAAUGUCUGGCUCCUCAAACUUACGUGUCUUCAACGAUCAUGAACUUUUACAUUCGGUAAGCCGAUAGAAUGUGGUCUUUUUUACUAAUCUAAUAUUGAGUUUAAUCUUUAAUGAAGAAUGAUGUGUCCCUGCGCACAGAAAGACCAAAUGCCUCUUAUUUCCUUCUCUUUCUGCUUCUGGUUCAGUUUGUUUAGUACCUUGCUUAGUUGAGGCAUUUAUUUUUCCGUAUGUUCAUUGCAUUGUGAAAUUAUACAUUACAUACUGGCAAGCAACUAAGAACUUGUCCACUGUCACCUUCUUAAACAAAAGAACCUUAGGCUCAUACUUAAAUAGUUCACUUGUCUGUUCUGCCUAAUAUUUUGUUGGUUCUCCUAGCUUGUAUGCUACACGAGAUAAAUCAUGUCAUGUAAAGGAAAGAGGUUUGGAUUUGCAUUUGCUGGUCUGCUGUGUUAUUAAAAAGGCGCGCGGCGAGCCUAGGCGAACGAGCCUCCUAUUUGCCAUGGAGUGAAGCGUGAGGCGUGGCAAUAGCAAACAUAAUGAUUUUAUAUAUACUGAAGUUGAAAUUUGAAAAAAAAAAAAAUUCAGUCCAAACAAGAAUUCUUUCACAAAAUAAAAU